ACACGCAAGCCGGUUGCACUCAUGCUGGAGUGACUUAAGUGUGUUUUAAGUUUUAGUGUCCUCACAUUUGUUUUGGAAAUGCCUCCUAAAAAAGCCUCUGCAGGGCCAACUGCUGUAAUCCCAAAGGAUUCGGAGAAUGAAUUCGCUGAAACAAAACCAGACGCUUCUGAAGGCUCCAGCGGUAAGACCGUUGCACGGAAAGUUUCUCCACACCCAUCCACGAUGGAGAUGGUGAAAGAAGCUCUGAAAGAGCUGGACUCCAGAAAGGGCGUUUCGGCUCAGGCCAUCCGGGGCUACGUCAAAGAGAAAUACACGACUGUGGAUGAGACACGGCUGAAGUUUUUGGUGCGACGAACCCUGAACAAAGGCAUCGAGACUGGCGUGUUUGUGAGACCUGCAAAUUCUGGGUCGACAACGACAGGUGCCCAAGGGCGUUUUCGGAUUGCUGCCAAGACCAAAGCAAAGGAGGCCAAGACGCAGUCAAAAGAAAAUGCUGAUCCCAAUGUACAGAAAGCACCCAAAGCUAAGAAACCUAAGGCAACUAAAGCAGAGGGUCAAGGAGCAAGCAAAGAAAAGAAGUCUGUGAAGAAAAAGGAGACCGCAGACGAUGCUAAGCCUGAGAAAGAUGGCACUGCCUCAAAAGUGGCCCCUGCUAAGAAGCCAAAGGCGAAGAAUGCUGCAGGGGAGGGUGGAACUGAGCCCAAACCGAGCAAAGCUAAAAAGGCCUCUAAAGCAUCAAAAGGAGGUGAGGAACCAGCAGCUAAGAAAGCCGGAAAGAAAACCUCAACAAAGGCAGAGGGUGAUUCUGGAGAAAAGGGUGCUGCAGCCGCUACCAAAGGCCCGGGGAAACGAGGGAAAAAGUGACGCAGGCUCUUCAACCGUUUUUAUUCACCGCAGUGUUUUAUUUGUGCACUUGUAUACCAAAUAAAGCUUUUUACCUCUUUUCAA